UUGGGCCCCCUCCCCCCAGGUCUGGGUCAGCGCCCCUUCCCCUCCCCCAGGGCCGACGCGGAAACGCCCGGCUUUCCCCGGCUUCCCGGCCGGGCCGGGGCCCCCCGGUCUCCCCCUGGCUGGGUCCUCCUUGGGCGGGGCAGGGCCGGCCGGGGAGGGGGCGCGGGGCCUUUGUUAGGGAGCCAGGCCCCAGCCCCCGGGACAAUAGAGACACCCUCCCGGAAUCCUCUCCCCGGCCCGUCCGGGAUCUGGGCAGGCGGCGACCUAGUGGGGUCGGGACGCGUCCCACUCUGCUUACUCUCUGGGGGUCGGUCUGUCCCGGCCCGCCGCCGGCCUAUGGGCGGCUCGGCUCUCCUCCCCCCAGUCGGUAUGAUGCAGCAGCAGUGCCGCAAGGACGGGAGAAGAGCCGCGACACGGCCUGCUCCCCUUCCCAGUGCCCCUGGCUCAUUUGUCAGUCCCCACCCCACUCGAGGCCGGCAGCUUCUUAAACUCGUACCCACUCUUCAGUGGGGCCCCGAACUGUGGGCACUGUUUCUGAAUCCUACGGUGGGGUUUUUGGACUUUGGGGCUCUUGGAGAGACUUCCGGGCUGGUCCUGAGGGAGGGAGGGUGCGAUCUAAAAGAACAGGUAAGGGGAGUGCCCACUCGCGUGCGUACCACGGGGCUCUCCUCUGCUCACGUUCUUGGUGGCUGGAAAUGCCCUUUGCCUGUAGGCUUCUCUGGGCUCUGUUCCUCUCGUAGAGUGGCAGGCUUAUUUUAAGAGAAGACAGAGUGGGGUGAAGGUUGUAGGGUGUUAGGGCCAUUCCUACUUCUGGUAGCAGUACCCCCCCAAGUGGACAUCCUGGCUGAAAGCAGAGCCGUGUUGCCGCCCGCUGUGCUAUGAGCAGUCAGAGCGCCGUCUCCACAAGAGUUUACAAAUGAAAAUGGAGGAAAUGUCUUUGUCUGGCCUGGAUAACAGCAAACUAGAGGCCAUCGCUCAGGAGAUAUAUGCUGACCUGGUCGAGGAUUCUUGUUUGGGAUUCUGCUUUGAAGUACACCGGGCUGUUAAGUGUGGCUACUUCUUCCUGGAUGAUACGGAUCCUGACAGCAUGAAGGAUUUUGAGAUCGUGGACCAGCCUGGGUUGGACAUCUUUGGACAGGUUUUCAACCAGUGGAAGAGCAAGGAGUGUGUUUGCCCCAAUUGCAGCCGCAGUAUUGCUGCUUCCCGCUUUGCCCCCCACCUGGAGAAGUGCCUGGGAAUGGGUCGCAACAGCAGCCGAAUCGCCAACCGUCGGAUUGCCAAUAGCAACAAUAUGAACAAGUCUGAGAGUGACCAAGAAGACAACGAUGACAUCAAUGACAAUGACUGGUCCUAUGGCUCAGAGAAGAAAGCCAAGAAGAGAAAAUCAGACAAGCUAUGGUAUCUCCCAUUCCAGAACCCUAAUUCCCCUCGAAGAUCCAAGUCUCUAAAACACAAAAAUGGGUUCUCUGUCUGUACCUCUGCAUCAAACACCCUUCCCCUUCUUUUUUCUUCUUCAGGGGAACUUAGCAACUCCGAUCCUUUUAAGUAUAGCAACUCAACUGGGAUCAGCUAUGAGACCCUGGGUCCAGAGGAGCUGCGGAGCCUGCUCACCACGCAAUGUGGAGUGAUUUCUGAACAUACCAAGAAGAUGUGCACAAGGUCACUACGCUGCCCGCAGCACACGGAUGAACAGAGGCGAACCGUACGGAUUUAUUUCCUUGGGCCCUCGGCCGUUCUUCCAGAGGUAGAGAGCUCCUUGGAUAACGAUGGCUUUGACAUGACUGAUAGCCAGGCCCUCAUCAGCCGGCUUCAGUGGGACGGCUCUUCUGAUCUCUCACCUUCUGAUUCAGGCUCCUCCAAGACUAGUGAAAAUCAGGGAUGGGGUUUAGGUACCAACAGCUCUGAAUCACGGAAAACCAAGAAAAAGAAAUCCCAUCUGAGCUUGGUAGGGACUGCCUCUGGCCUGGGCUCCAACAAGAAGAAAAAGCCAAAGCCACCGGCUCCCCCAACGCCCAGCAUCUAUGAUGACAUCAACUGACUUGGGUGCAAGGGAUAGCCUUUGGCUGAGAGAGCCCUCUCUCCCGACCCCCACCCAGGCAGCAUAGCCUGGCAUAUGGACAGCUGCUGGGGGUCUGGGCUUGGGAAGCUUGGUGGGCCAGGCAGGCAGAGGAUCCAAUUAUGUGCCCCUGGGGGGUGUCAGGAUCCUCUGCAACGGAGCAUGACCCCUCGGCGUGCGGGACUCAGACCUGGACAUAUUAUGCCUUGGACAUAAGUUUGGUGGGGAGACGGUUUUCCUAUUUAUUCUGUGAGUUACUGGAUGUCCAGCUAGGCUGGGGGCCUGACCUGGGCACUGUGCCAGGGCACUGCCUGCUCCCCACCCCAGGAACUGGACUAAGCCCUGCCGAGGGGCAUCGUGGCUACCCAGGCGGCUUUGGGUUGGAAGCUGAGCCCAGAGGGGGCCUCCCCUGGCUGCCCUCAGCAAUGUGAAAGGUUCGGUGCUUGGAGCUGAGGGGCAGGGCUGCUAUGUCCUGUUUGUGUGCAGAGUCCUAUCAGAUGUCCCCAUUCCCCGGGGUCAGCAGGCACAGUGCUGUCUGCUACGGUGGGCAUCCAGAACUGCCUCACAGGAGGCAGCCCUUUCCCCUCAGUCCCCAUGGGCCUCCUUGGCAGCAGGAGCUGUCCUUUUGUUGUUGGGUGCCGGGAAAGGACCUCCAGCCUCUACAGCUUCAAGGAAUGGGAAGGGGAGGGUAGGAAGAGGGAGCCUGUAUCAGAGUGGCCCCCUGCCCUCCCUGCCCCAGGGCUGUGAGAUGGCCCAGGUGAGAGGGACGGUGCUGCUUUAUUUGAAAUGUUUCUUACCUCAUUCCCUGCCCCAGGAAGGGGCCCAGCCUCACCCUCCUGGGGUGGCCCCGUGUUCUCCCUCCCAUCCUGCCCCCUGCCCUGCCCUGCUGGGGCAGCCUGAGCUCCCAGCUGCUGCUUGCCCCCCACCCCCUUUCCCUUGACCAGCUUCAGUUCCUCUCAGUGCUCUCGCCUCUAAAGCCUGCCCUCUCUCCCCUCCCUUGCCGCUUUUAAGUUAUUUAUUCUGUACUUGUGGUUUGGGGCUCUGAGGAAAAACCCUAAUCUUGUGCCUCUCUCCCUUUGCUAGGAGUAGGAUGGGAUGAGAAGGUAGUCUCUGCCCUGGGUUGUCAGUGGAGUUAGGAGGGGUGCUCUUGCCCCUCUGUGGGACUGUCAUGCCAGAGCACUCACCUACCUGACCUGUAUCCCACCUCCCAGCAGGUAGCAUCACACCUUGGAGCUGGAAGAUCUGGCUAUGGGCUGAUUGACAGGGAUGGGGUUGAUCCUGAGCCUAGUUUUCUGGCUCUUGCUAUACAUGUCCCCUCUUCCCAGGAGGAGGCACUCCCACAUUGGGUAGCUAGUACCCAAGACUGGUUGGACUGAUUUGGGUUAGGGACCCAGCGGGCUAAGGGAACAACCGUGCUAGGGCUGCAGCGCCCUGUCUGGAACCCAGUCUCCCUGGGGUGGCGCUCAUUGUGGCUGAGGCCUGCUUACAAGUUGAUUUUUAACCCAAGUAUUGUGAUUAUUUUUUAAAAAGUCAAGCUAAUUUUGGCAGGAGUUAGAAUAAAUCCUUGGAGCCUGGGCCCCUCUGUCCUUGGCCCUCCAUAGCCUUCUCGCUAGAGGGGGAAAGAAGGUUCUCGGGCCGGCCCCACUACCAAGCAUAGCUUGGGAACCUGCUGAAGGUCAGGGGAAGCCGGCCCAGGUUCUUAUCCCUUUGGAGUAGCUGCAGCUCAGGCCAACUCACUCUGCUCUCCUUCCCACCUCUCCCUUUUCCCUCUGGUUGGAGGGAGUAGUUUGGGAACUGGUUUGUCCACAAAAACUUCCCCAUUGUUCCUUGGCUCACCCUCAGGGCAGAACCCCCUGCCCAGGCUGGGUGAGAGAUGGGCUUGGUCCAGCAGGGACCCUGAGGGAACAAACCCCUUCUUUGGGGAGUAUGCCCUCCCUACUGUGUAGUUGAACAGGGGCUAGGAACUCCCCACUCCCUCCCUCUAACAGCAGGCUGUGUGGGUUUCAAUUCCCAUCCUCCCCACCCUGGCUAGGUGUCGUCCACCCUGUAUCCUAUCAUGUGUCUGUGUGUGGGGGGGUUCUGUACUAAUUUCCAUGGCCGGUGGCUUUUCCUUCCAUGCAUCACUCCCCCCCGCAUGCCCAGGGGCCACCCGCCUGGCAUUACCGCAUGCUGGGGUCAUUGGGGGAGGGGGGUGGGGCUCACGCUGUCCUGUGGUCUUGAGAUUUUUAUUUUUGCAUAUGUAAUCCAUCCUGUACAGGUAGCUAACUUUGUAAACGCUGUGUAUUCCCCUCUGCCCUCAUGGCUGCUGGUGUAAAUAAACUGCAUUUCCCGUUGGUA